AUGGCACUGCCAGAUAUCUUAAGGAAUGUUGGUACGGCUCUAGAUCGGAUUGAAAGAUAUAUUAAUGGAGAUACAUCAUUUGAUCCAAGAAAUACACUGAAUGGGAUAUGGAUCUCAUUAACAACUGUUCGUAGACAUAUGCAAAGGCAUGCUCAAGAUGCUAUUAACUUACAAGGCCAGCUUAAUACUGCUCAUAAUUUGCUCAAUAAUGCUAAUGGGCAGAUAAAUAACUUUUUUAAUGAUAUGGCAAAUGUUAGAAAUGAAUGUCUUCGAAGAGCUCAAUUAUUAACUAUAGCAUAUAAUAAUGAGGCAAAUGAUCUUCUUCGUUGGUUUCAAAUUGCUCAGGAAAGGCAAACUAAUGGUCAAAGAAUGGCCUUUAGAAAGCAGAAUCUGAUUAAUAUAUUAGUACAAGAGAAGGCAGUUCUCCAAAUAUUAGCUAGGAGGCGCAAAGCUUAG